GAAAUAACGACGCCCAGAUCCAAUUUUGACCUUUCCCUUUUCUUCUCUAUUCACUUCACUCGAUCUCCCCUCCCUCUCCUUGCCCGAGCACUAGGGUUUUCUUUCUUUUUUUCUUUUUUUAAUAUCUAUAUCGAUUUUAUUAUCAUUAAUAGAGAGAGGUGUUGCUCUGGUUAUUAUCAAGCUAAUAAGCCUGAGACAUGGAUUUGGUGUCCGGUUACAAGGGAAUGGUUGGGCUUGUUUUCGGCAACGACAAUUCUGGUUCUAAUGAAGACAGCUAUGUUGAAAGGUUACUUGAUCGGAUAAGCAAUGGUGUCCUACCAGACGACAGGAGGAAUGCUAUGGCUGAGCUUCAGUCUGUUGUUGCUGAAAGUCGGGGUGCGCAGCUAGCUUUUGGAGCAAUGGGGUUUCCUGUACUUAUGGGUGUCUUAAAGGAGGAGCGAGAUGAUGUUGAAAUGAUUCGAGGUGCCCUAGAAACUCUUGUUAGUGCUUUGACGCCUAUUGAUCAUGCAAAGGGGCCACAGAACGAGGUCCAACCAGCUUUAAUGAAUACUGAUUUGCUUUCACGGGAAGCAGAAAACAUCUCUCUCCUUCUCAGUUUAUUGUCAGAAGAAGAUUUCUAUGUGCGAUACUAUACCCUUCAAAUUUUGACUGCGCUUCUUUCAAAUUCUCAAAAUAGGUUACAGGAAGCAAUUCUGACCAUUCCACGUGGUAUAACUCGGCUCAUGGAUAUGCUUAUGGAUCGUGAGGUUAUAAGAAAUGAGGCCUUGCUGCUUCUUACUCACCUCACUCGAGAAGCUGAGGAGAUUCAAAAAAUUUUAGUCUUCGAAGGCGCAUUUGAGAAAAUUUUUAGCAUUAUCAAAGAGGAAGGAGGUUCAGAAGGCGGUGUUGUUGUGCAGGACUGUCUUGAACUAUUGAACAAUCUUCUUCGCAACAAUGCUUCCAAUCAGGUACUCCUGAGGGAGACGUUGGGCUUUGAUGCUAUAAUAUCAAUCUUGAAGCUACGUGGAAGUGCUUACAGUUUUACCCAACAGAAGACAAUUAAUCUGCUCAGUGCCUUGGAAACAAUUAAUUUGUUAUUGAUGGGAGGUUCAGAAUCUGAUCCUGGAAAAGAUAUGAAUAAGCUGACAAAUAGAACAGUCCUGGUUCAGAAUAAAGUGUUUGACUAUCUUCUAUUGUUGGGUGUCGAAAGCCAAUGGGCUCCUAUUCCUGUACGUUGUGCGGCAUUGCGGUGCAUUGGUGAUUUGAUUGUUGGACACCCAAAGAAUCUUGAUACUCUUGCAAGCAAAGUUCUUGGUGAGCAGCCACAAGUAGAACCAGCUCUGAAUUCUAUUCUUCGAAUCAUUUUGCGGACAUCCAGUGUGCAAGAGUUCAUUGAAGCUGACCAUGUUUUUAAGAGCUUUUGUGAGAGAAAUUCUGAUGGUCAAACAAUGUUAGCAUCCACAUUAAUACCUCAACCAUAUUCAAUGACUCAUGCUCCCAUUGAAGAGGAUGUGAGAAUGUCAUUUGGGAGCAUGCUGUUACAUGGUCUUACUUUGGGUGAAAGUGAUGGUGAUCUUGAGACUUGUUGCAGGGCUGCGAGUGUGCUUUCUCAUAUACUCAGGGACAAUAUCCAGUGCAAGGAAAGGGUUCUGCGCAUUGAGCUUGAGUCUCCCACGCCAUCCCUAGGAGCUCCAGAGCCACUAAUGCACCGCAUGGUUAAAUACUUGGCCCUUGCUUCCAACAUGAAAAAUAAAGAUGGAAAAACAAGUACAAAAGAGAACUCGUAUGUUCAACCAAUUAUUCUGAAAUUGCUGGUGACCUGGCUAGCUGACUGCCCCAAUGCAAUUCAGUGCUUCCUAGCUUCACGACCCCAUCUAACAUAUUUGCUUGAGUUGGUGUCAAAUCCAUCUGCAACUAUGUGCAUAAGGGGGUUGGGAGCAAUUCUCUUGGGGGAGUGUGUUAUUUACAACAAGUCUGGUGAGAGUGGAAAGGAUGCUUUUACAGUAGUUGAUGCCAUAAGUCAGAAGAUUGGACUCACAUCGUACUUUCUUAAGUUUGAUGAAAUGAUGAAGAGCUUCCUUUUCUCCUCUGUUAAGCCAACAAAGCUUCAUAAACCAUUGACGAGAUCUGCUGCUGCUAGUAUGGCAGAGAUUGACGAUGUUGAUGAGCAGGAUUCAUCUGACCAUAAGAAUGAGGAUCAUCCUAUACUUUCAUCACUAUUUGAUUCUCAUUUUGUCAACUUUGUCAAGAGUUUGGAAGGAAAUAUCAGAGAAACAAUUGUAGAUGUAUAUAGUCGUCCAAAGAGUGAGGUGGCUGUUGUACCUGCAGAAUUGGAGCUAAAGAGAGGAGAAAGUGACAAAGACUACAUAGAACGGCUGAAAUCAUUUGUGCAGAAGCAAUGCUCUGAGAUACAGAAUCUUCUUGGUCGGAAUGCAACUCUGGCUGAGAACUUGGCCAAGACAGGUGGGAGUGUCUCAUCUCAACCUGAACAAAGGACAAGUGGGGGCUUAGACAGAGUCCAGGCAGAGACACUCCGGAGAGAUCUUCAGGAAGCAUCUCAACGAAUAGAGAUGCUCAAGGCAGAGAAAGCCAAAAUAGAAUCAGAGGCAUCCAUGUACCAGAAUCUAGCUGGAAAGAUGGAGUCCGAUCUGAAGAGCCUAUCUGAUGCCUAUAACAGUCUCGAACAGGCCAAUUUCCAUCUGGAGAAGGAAGUGAAAGCCUUGAAGAGUGGGGGAGCCUCAACACCUCCAGAUGUUGAGGCGAUAAGAGCAGAAGCCAGGGAAGAAGCCCAGAAGGAGAGCGAAGCGGAGCUGAAUGAUUUGCUAGUGUGCCUUGGGCAAGAACAGAGCAGGGUCGAAAAGCUGAGCGCAAGGUUAAUGGAGCUCGGGGAGGAUGUGGAUAAACUACUUGAAGGUGUUGGAGAUGACAUGGGGCUGCCCGAAGACAGCGAAAAGGAGGAAGACUAAUGUUUCCUUGUUUAAUGUUUGAAAUCAUGGCAUGUUCCUUUUCUGUCGACACUCAAUUUGUACAUUCCUGGUGAAUUGUACAGUAACUAAAUUAUUGCCUGUGGUGCAGGAACUUGUGAAUGUCUUUAAUUAAUUUAAUUUUUCUCGCAAUGCAUGACAUUUCAGGAAAAUAA